CUAACUCGUGUUGCAGCUUGACUUUGUGUUGGACACAUCUCAUCACAGUGCUGAACAUCUCUCAUCCCUCUGGCCUACAGCCUUCACUUUACUCUCAGUUGGUGCUGUAAAGAGCCGGGCUCGGUUACUGUAGAUCAUAUAAGGCUUUAUUAAAGACGCAGUGGUUCGCUGACGGUUGACUCCGCUUCUAUUACAUCUUAAGAGCUAGCUAACGUUAGCGUUAGCAAGGCAGCUGCAGGGAUGGCGGAGGUUCCCGGGACGUCAAGUGAGACGAUAACGGAGACUGUUGAGACGAGCACCCCGCCGCCGCCCCAGCAGGAGGGACGCAGCCUGACAAUCAAACUGAGGAAGAGGAAGACUGAGAAGAAGGUGGAGUGGUCCAGUGACACAGUGGACAACGAGCACCUGGGGAGGAGGUCUUCAAAGUGCUGCUGUAUUUAUGAGAAGCCGCGGCAGUUCGGAGAAUCGUCCUCUGAAAGCGAGGGAGACGACGACGAUGAAGGGUGUGGCAGCGCUCACUGCAUCCUGGGUCACGGCAGGAGAGAUCUUGGACAGAGGGGGGGCGGGGGGACCACAGAGCCCCCAAACUCUGGAGGGUCACACACCCACUAAUGAGCACUGCAGGCUGAUUGUGGGAGGGGGGGGGGUUUCUCACCAUGACAAUGACACAGUACAAACCUGCACUCUGUUUUUUAGAUUAGUUCCAUCACUGAGGUACAGACUGACCUAAUGCUGUGUUCCACACACACACACACACACACACACACACACACACACACACACACACACACACACACACACACACACACACUCUGCUGGAGCAGGAUUACAGCCUCUGCACAAAACACAAAGCAACAUGGAUUAUUGAAUUAGCCUAAUUGGACAUGGUGUUCCUCUUUCAACAGCUAAAAGCAGGCUCUAUGUGCCGACUGCCAUCUAUAAAAUAACAGCUAGAAGCUCAUUGUGCAUCUCUCCAUCAUCAGCCUCUAUCAAAAAUGCUGAAAGAGCAUUUAAAGGGCCAUACCAGUGUUUUUACAUCUUUUAGCCCUUCUACUAUAAAUCACUCACUUCAUAGAUGGCUGCGUCCAAAGACAUGCUGUAAUGCUUUCUUUCCUUCCAGGCAGCCAUUAGUUUUCAUUCUGUUCAUCAUGUAAUGAAAAUCAGUCAGCUGGUUAGACUUUGGUGAAAAUCCUGUUUGCUUUGAUUGUUGUCAGAGUUGUUUUGUGGUGAUGCAAUAAGGGUUUCAACUAAGGAUUAUUUCUAUUACAGCUGCAGCUUACUGCACAUAUAUCAGCAUCUCAGUAAACUACUGUUUAGAAGCAGUGAAGCAGUCAAUGUUCAGAGCAUUGAAAAGCCUUUUUAAAAAUCCAGUUUCAGUCAGGCUGUAUAGUUUCACAUGUAUGUCAGUAUAUUACCAGAUGAACUUGAUGAAGUGACCCGCUCUUUUAAUCAUCAAAAUCAACACUGAUUAAUGUUUUAUUCUGUUUCUUCAGUGUGAGCGUACAUCUGCAUGAGCACAAAUGACGACUCAGCUUCAACAACAACAAAACAAAGUGAAGCAAGCCGUGUCUGGCUGGAAGGCAGGAAAAAUGAGCACUGAUGUGGACACUAUUUCAUAUUAUAAAUAAAUUAACUUAGAUGUGUCAAAACACAGAUUGUACACGUGUCGGCUGCAUAUUGAUGUCACCAUGAUGGAGGGAAAAAAAGCUGAGUGUAAUGGAUUAUAAAAUUAGCUUAAUUGAAACUGUCUCCUGACAUUGUGUCAGCUGACCUACUUUACAGGGUGACAGCAGCUGUGGAUGUUGGAGAUGAAGUUUUAUCAUAAGUCACAUAUACAUGACUGCUGACUGCUUCCAUCAACAUCUUCAAGCAUGUGUAGUGUGAAAGUGUGAUUUUCAUACUGUUGUUAACUGCAAACCAAUGGCUGAUAUUAAAAGCAGUAAAGCAGUGAAUAGUGAGGAUGAGUCAGCAGCAGGGUCGUGUUCAGUGUGUGUGAUUUAUCAUAAAGUGGCUGAAACAUGACAACACUACAAAUAUCUGCUCAGACUCCAUGUGUGUAGUUCCAGAUGAACAUGUAGUGUCAUGGCUCUCUCCAGCAGCACGGUGUAGGUGUGUGUAGGUGUAUGUGUAUGUGUGUGUGUGUGGAGGACAGCAUACAGCAGUGUGUGUGUGUGUGUUUGUGUAAGGAGCUUUGAAGAGAUGGCGAUGGAGACAUAAAAUGUCCAACUGUGUAUUCUGCUUUUGACAUAAUUGUAUAUAAUACAGCAAUGUUUUUAUUUGUUUUAAUUUAUUUGCCAGUCUUAAGCCUAACUUGCUCAUACUUGGCAUGCAGCUGAUCACAGUGUGUGUAGUAACAAUGUCAUUACACAACAUGUGUGAGAAUGAGAAUAGAGUGGACUGGUUUACAGCUAAUGCUAACCUGUGUGAUGCCCGCUGUGAGUGUAAUUACAUUAUUACUACACAUGCUGUCAGGCAGCAUCACUAUAAUGUACUCAGUAUUACAUAUAUACAGUCCACAGCACUGGGCCCAGUUCUUCAUACAUGCAGUUGGCUGAAUGUAUCUGUUGAUGUGAUGGUGAUGAGUUCAAAUGUUCAAUCAAUCAAUCAAUCAAUCAAUCAAUCAAUCAGUCAGUCAACAACUUUAAUGCUAACAUAACUGUCAAGAAUCUGCAAUGAGGAAACAUCACAAAAAUGUAAAAAAAAAAUAAAAUAAAAUGAAUACAAUAAAUAGCUAAUAAAAGAUUAUAUAUAAAAAGAAUGAAUAAAAUAAAUCACUAUAGAAUAAAGUGAGUAAAACCGGAGAUGUUAAGAGUAAAAGUAAUGAAGUAAGAUCAAGUUCAAGGCUCGAUCUUUCUCAAAUACAAAUACCUUCAACAUUCUAGUGGAGGACAAAAAUAAUAUAGCAAUAUGAGCAAAAGGGAAAAAUGAUGAAUAGUAAUAAGAUCAUUAAAUCUAGUUAACAUGUAAACCUGGAUUAGAUCAACUGUGUAUGAAGAAUGGGGUUCUGGGUUAAAGACCUCUCUCCCUCACCCAAAGCUUCUCCUUUUAAACCUUUCAAACAGGUAGAGCUGUCACUUUCAGUCUGCUCUAAUCACUACACAUUUGGUCAAUUCUUUCUGACAGCAUUAGAUAAAUACAUUUAAAAAAAAAAAAAGCUCAAUAGCAGAAUGAGUGUUUUUAUUUUGAACCUCUAAAUCCUCUGCUGUCACUGUGGCUUUCAUUUGCUUGAUUGAUUUGGGUUUUUAGAUAAAUAGAUUCCACUGUGGACAAUCCUACAUAUGAGGGAAGUGAGAGUGGAAGGUGAUUGGACGAAUAAGAAAAGUUCAUUCCUGUUCACAUGCACACAUUCACUGAUCUCAUUGGAUGAAGCACCCAAAGGUGCUCAUUAAUUCAGCUGCAUGUCGGUCAUAAAAAAUAAAAAUAAAAAAUCUACAGUUCGACUCUGUGAACUCUUUUCAAAGACAGUGAGUGUUUGUGCUUUUCCUGCUGUGCUCUGCAGAGUGACUGAUGUGUGUGUUCUUGCUGUGAGGUGAGUCCAUUACUGACCAGACAUUACACUGGAUCUGGAUCAGAGGAGAGAAGAGGUGAAGGUGCAUGACUGCUGGCUCAGGCUUUGUACUCAUGUCUCAGCUAUGACCAAAACUCACCUGAAACAGAAUCAAUCAUCCUCAUCCUCAACAGUUUCAUGUUUGAUAUGUGUCAGUACUGUAGAUUACACUUCAUUAACAGUUCAGUUAAGCCACCAUUUUCUGUAUUGUUGACACACAUUUACAUUGUUACAUAUGUACAUUGUUCUUGUACUGGUAAUGCACCUUUCUGUAUAUACUAUUAAGCAUAAUGAGAGCAGAUUUAAUGUGAAAAUAAAGUUUUGAACUGUG